ACAGGGUGAAGGGAGUGUCGAAGAUUAAAAGAAAGUUAUUAAGCGGGAGCAUUUUGUUACUGAGAGGAGAGGCUAACAGUGAUCGAGUAAUCGAGUUGUAGGGGUUUUAGUGAUAGAAACAAUUGGAGAAAGAAUCUAUUACACUGUAAUAGAAAGAUAGGUGAAAAAUAAAGCGGGAGAGUACAAUAAAGAAGCAGAAUUAUAUAGAAAUAAUGGCAAUGGAGAAAAUAAACUGAAGGAAAAGACAAAUUAGAGAAGCAGAACGUGUCAGAGGGAAAAGAGGGGAAGGAAAUUCCAGGCAGCUAAAGAUGACGGAGACUACAGGUAAAGUGGUUAGCCCAAAGCGGAGAGAGUCAGCGCGACAGAGCGAAGCGCCCAGCGCGGAAAACAGCAAGGAGAAGCUGGUGCAAAUGGAGCCUGAGCUGAACCUGGAUUUUGCAAGUGGAACUAUGAUCCGAAAUGCAAAGGCUUAUUUGUUACAGAAAAGCACUAUAUCUAAUCUGAACCUCUAUGAUCAUCUCUCUGAGUUGAUAACCAAGGUGCUGGACGAAAGGCCCGUCAACGCUGUGGACAUCAUCGAAGAUAUCAGCAAGAGAAUCAAAAAGUUACAGUUCUCCAAGAAGAUAGACACGUUGCAAGAUGAAUAUGAAAUUUCAUUGGCAUACAGUUUAGCGGAAGUUCAGAAAUCCCUCUUUAUCAAGGCAGUGGAGGAAGAAGAGGGAGUGGAUCCUGAGGAAGAAGUGUUGGAGACUCCUCUCCCGAACGUGAUGGAAAUGGCUUUUUACUUUGAGCAGGCAGGAGUGGGUCUCAGCAAGAACGAGAUGUAUCGUAUUUUCCUGGCACUGAAGCAGCUAGUAGACACACAGCCACUGCAGAAAUGCCGGUUCUGGGGUAAAAUCAUGGGACUCAAAGGGAAUUACAUCGUAGCAGAGGUGGAGUUCCGGGAAGGGGAGGAAGACACAGAGGAAAUGUUGGAGGAGGAUAAAGAAGAGGAAAAGGAAGAGGCGAAGGAGGACACUGAGCAAGAUACAGAGGAAGAAGGAGAGGUAGUCGAAGACAAGCCCCCAGCAUCAACGUAUAAACCACCACCAAUUAUCCCAAAGGAGGACAACCGCUCUGGCACAAACAAAUAUACCUAUUUUGUUUGUAGUGAACCAGGCAAGGUUUGGACCAAACUACCUCCGGUUACACCAGCCCAAAUCACAGUAGCCAGGAAGAUCAAGAAGUUUUUCACUGGCAGCUUGGAUGCUCCUGUCAUCAGUUACCCACCCUUUCCAGGGAAUGAGAUUAAUUACUUGAGGGCACAGAUUGCCCGGAUAUCUGCUGGUACUCAGAUCAGUCCACUGGGAUUCUAUCAGUUUGGAGAAGAGGAGGAGGAGGAAGAGGAAGGGCUGGUGAGGGAGAACUAUGAGGAGAAUUCAGAAUUUGAAGGCAUUCCAGUACCAGAGCUCUUGGACAACCUGGCGAAUUGGGUCCAUCAUACACAGCACAUCCUUCCACAGGGCAGAUGUGUCUGGUUCAAUGCUGUUCAGAAAAAGGAGGAGGAAUUGGAGGAGGAAGAGGAGGAGGAGGAAGAGGCACCAGAUGAGCCUGAGCCAGAGGUGGGACCUCCCCUCCUUACUCCGUUGUCAGAGGAUGCAGAAGUCAAUGGUGUUCCUCCUUGGACAAUGAAGGCCUCAUCCAGUCUGAUACCUCAAUAUGCUGUUGCUGUAGUCCGGUCGAAUCUCUGGCCAGGAGCAUGGACUUUUGCGACUGGGAAGAAGUUUGAGAAUAUUUACUUGGGCUGGGGCCACAAGUACAGCUCAGAGAACUACAGCCCACCCGCAGCCCCACCAGUGCAGGCAGAGUAUACCAGCGGCCCUGAUACCACAGAGGUGGAUGACCCAACAGUGGAGGAGGAGCAGGCACUCCGUGCUGCAAUCGAGGAGCGGCUGGCAGCAGCAGAGCAAGAAGAGGAAGAGGAAGAAGAGGAGGAGGAGGAGGAUGAGAAUUAACCUAUAAGAGAUUUCCAUACAAUAUUAGAACUUUUCUUUUUACUUUGUUUUCAAGUAUUAAAUUCAAAUUAUUCUAUGUGUCCUGGACCAAUAUUUUACCUACAAUUAACUAAAUCUGUAAAUGAUUUGUUUUCUAUAAAUUGUGGAAAAUAAAAGCUCUUGUAAAGGU